UCCAGUUGAGCUGUCCUCAUUGCAUCCCUCGGCAUCAUUUCUCCUCUUCCAGCGGUCAUUGCAUUUAUAAAUCUCGCUUUUUCUAGUAUGAUUUCAGGAAAUCAUUUUUGCAUAUGACGUUAUUAUACGGUACACAUAGCCCACAUUCAUUCAGCUUCAGAAGAUCAGGUUGGAAGUGUGUAGUCCUCUCUUUUUGGCUUGUGAGUUCUCAUGGGCAGUGUACUGGCCUUGUCAUCCCGCCCAGGGCGUCAGAACUCUCCCUUUCCACAAGAUAGACCCCUGUCACGAUGGGACAGGAGAGAUGGACGACUGCCCAACCCAGGGAGUUUUGAUUGCCUGCACCGCAACUGUAAAGAUGUGUUUCCACAGCAGAUUGAAGGUGUAAAAUUGGUUAUAAACAAGACCCUCAGCAGUUUUUUCAAGGUCAGUCAUGCAUUUAACCUCAGUGCUGUUGCUCCAUCCAGUUAUCGCUUUCACGCUGAACACUUACAAUCAGACACUGAUAGCAAAGAUACGGGCUCACCCAUGCUCAUUGGGGAAAUGGACUCCUCUGGCAGCUUAAACGCACACUCUUUGUUCCAUCUGAGUGAGAAAAUAAGAGCUAAAGCAGUAUUUCAGACUCAACCGACACAAUUUGUCACGUGGCAAUUUGAGACUGAAUACAGAGGCAGUGACUUCACAGCAGCAGUUACGAUGGCCAACCCAGACAUCCUGAGUGAAUCAGUUAUCAUGGUUGCACACUUUCUUCAAAGUGUAUCCCCACAGCUGGUACUGGGGGGAGAGCUGGUGUACCACCGAGGUCGAGCUGAAGAAGGGGGCAUACUUACCCUGGCAGGACAGUACUCCGGGCCAAAUUGGGUGGCGACACUAAAUGCUGGUAAAGGAGGAGCUCAUGCCAGCUAUUACCACAAGGCCAACAAACAUAUUCAGGUAGGAGUGGAGUUUGAGGCCAGCACUAGGACACAGGAGACUACGUUCUCUUUUGGUUACCAAAUGGAACUUCCAGAAGCUAAAAUGGUCUUCAGAGGAAUAUUGGAUAGCCGCUGUAUAAUCGGGGGUGUUCUGGAGAAGAGACUGUACCCUCUUCCUGCCACAUUGAUUAUGGGUGCCUUUGUCAAUCACCGAGCAGACAAGUUGCAGGUCGGCCUUGGGAUCAAUGUAGGAUAGAUAUGAACCCUAAAUCAAGAGGCUCCACUCAAGACUUUGGGAACAACAGACUAUGGAAAAAACAGGCAACCUAACCAAACCCUUUGGUUUGCCAUAAUGGACGGUCAUGCCAUUCAUGGUGAACAUGAGUGAGGACUUGAGCUUCCAGCUGAAAAAGACUACACAAGGCCUCUAUUAUUUCAUUGAUGUUUGUUCCGUCCGGUCUAAUGGGUUUUACAGUUCUAGCCAUAAAUGGCGAACAUUUGAUCAAUGUAAGUCAAAUGGAGAUUUUCAAACUUUAAUCUUAAAUUUCUUAACAAAGUAAAGUUUUAAAAAAUCAAAAAUAGGAAACACUCUCAAGGCUAACAUUAUCUAAAAUUUAGUUUUUUAAUGAUUAGGUUAAGUGGUUCCAGCUGUAUUUUUUGCAGUAAAAAAUGUGGGGGAGAAGUAUAAAAAUAGAUUGUUUGAAUAAUAUCAGUACAGGCAGUGCAGAAAUAAAAAAAACAUCUCCAUUAACAUGAUCAAUGGAAAGAUGGGUGAUUGUUCCCCCAAUGUUCAAGCCAAAUCUACGCCCUUGAAUGGAUGUAUCUUGUCCACAAUACCAUUUUAGUAAAGAGGUCUUUUCUAAUUUGCCUUAAGUGGAUUUACUCCAACACUUUUAGCAUUAUAAGGUGGAAACAUGUACUUACAUUUACAGUAUAUACAAUAGACAUUGGCUAUUGGCAAAUAUAUGAUGAAUAUUUUAAAAGUUUUAAUAUUCUAUGAAUCAACCUUCAUUUUCAAUGUGGCAGCUGUAACUAUUUUAUAAACAGAAUUAUGAAUCUAUAAUUUAAUGUUAAUCUGUUCCUUUGGAUGGUAUCACAGAAAGGUGAUUUUAUAUUUUUUACAGAUUAUGUUAUCUAAAUGCUAGACUCCAAAUGAAUUGAUCAUCAAUCCCAUUAUACGUAUUUAAUGAUUUGUUUAUUUAAUUGUGCUGUUAAGAUGGUUUGA